AUGUAUAAUUCAAUCGAGUGUUGGAUGCCGCAACCGGGCCUAACGGCCAUUUGUGCCUUGUUUUUGGCCAUAGUCUUUAUUUUAGGAUUCUGCUGGACUUACCGGACUCGAGGCAUCUUCGCGUCGCGCUCAGCAAAUAAGAAAUUUAUCCCUGGUCCUCAAGGAAAACUGUUCACGGGCAGCGCAUAUGAAUUGCAGAUCAAAGGCGCUGCCGGGUGCAAGGCCUGGUAUUCUCUUUACAAGCGUUAUGGGCCAGCAUACGAGAUGACCAUCCCGUUCUUCCGCCUCCACAUUAUCAAUCAUCCUGCGUAUCUCGAGCAUAUCCAGAAGACUAACAGCAAAAAUUACAUACGCGGAGCAUUUACCCGCAACGUUUUCGGAGAACUUCACAGAACAGGUAUCUUCGUCUCUGACGGCAAGCAGUGGCAGAUGCAGCGCAAAACUGCGACUAGAGCUUUUACCAAGCAGAAUUUUGAAAAUCACAUCACGAAAUCUGUGCACUACUGGCUCGAAAUUCUUAUGGCUCUACUAUCCAAUUUAGCAAAAGCCCAGAUCGAAUUCGACUUCCAAGAACUCAUGGGACGCUUUUUAUUUUGUCUUUUUCUUCGGAUUGCGUUCCACGAAGAUAACCUGACUCUCGACGUCAUGUCCUCCAAUCCUGAAUGUCUCAAAACCAUACCUGAGUUUGUUGACGCUUUCGAUAAAGCCACUAGCUUGUUCGAUCGACGAAGGCGCGACCCCAUCUGGAAGAUUACUGAGCGUCUCUCGGGAGAAGACAAGAUCACUAAACGGGCGGUGAAGCUGUUCUACGAAAAGAUCGACGGUCUUGUGAAAGAGCGCAUAGACAAACUGGACCACGGAUACACGCGCAAUCCGGAAGAUGGCGUUGAUCUUCUCGAUCUUUUCCUCCAGUCAACGAAUGACCCAUAUUCACUAGGUGGCAUGGUGUUUGCAUUCUUGGUUGCUGGCCGUGACACUACCGCAUACUCGACUUCGUGGCUAAUGAAGGAGAUAUUUCACGACAGCAACAAGUCACUCAAUGCUGUGGAGAGAAUCCGUACUGAAGCCAAGGAGCUGGAAUCGACCGCAGCCUUUCUAACCUACGGGAAUGCAUCAAAAUUGCGUUUUUUGAAUGCUAUGUGGGAUGAGACCUCUCGACUCAAUACUGUUUCGCCUGCAGGGCAGAUGGAGGCCGAGAAUGACGACGUCCUGCCUGCGGUGCCUGAGCUCAAUAUGCCUCCGCGUAAGAUUAAAAAAGGGGAUAUCGUCAGCUAUCAAAACUACGUUCUGGCACGGAUGCCAGAAGUCUGGGGGAAGGAUGCUCACGUUUUCAAUCCAUUCAGAUGGUUCGACGAAAACGGUAAAGGGAUCUCUCAUAGUCCCUUCAAGUACCAUUCAUGGAACGCUGGACCACGGAGCUGCCUCGGACGAGCUCUGGCUACUUAUGAAGGCAUCUCCAUCAGUACGGCGAUAAUUCAGAGGUUUGACGUUAUUCUCUCUGAUACGUCUAAAACCUAUGAGCCACUGGCUGCAAUGAAUAUGGGCAUUCAAGGAGGUCUCUUCAUGAGGAUCAAAGAAAGAGCUUAA